ACCAGACUCGCACAUAAAAAGAACGCAGCUCAUUGCGCAACGUGGUAAGUAAAUGGAGUGGUGUAGUGUCACAUGCUAGAUACGCUGCAGCACCCCAACACCAACACCAACACCAACAAUCCAGCACUACUGCUCCUCCUUUCUCGCCUCCUGCUAUUACUGUGCGCCCUCCUUGCCUUCCGUGCGCCGGUCGUGCACCCUCCUAUCCUGCGCACCCCUCACUCCCACCUCCUCCCUCACAGCCACAGCCACAUCAUCAUUCUCACCUCCAAUACCACAAAACUCAUCGAGAUCUCCGGUUCGAAUCGCCGACCCAUGUCGAAAGCCCGGGUUUACGCCGAUAUCAAUGUCGUUCGCCCCAAAGAGUACUGGGAUUACGAGUCUCUCACCGUUCAAUGGGGUGAUCAAGAUGAUUAUGAGGUUGUUCGGAAAGUUGGAAGGGGAAAAUACAGUGAGGUUUUCGAGGGCAUAAAUGUCAAUAGCAGUGAGCGGUGCAUAAUCAAGAUCCUCAAGCCUGUUAAGAAAAAGAAGAUAAAGAGAGAGAUAAAAAUACUUCAGAACCUUUGUGGGGGUCCAAAUAUUGUCAAGCUUCUUGAUAUUGUCAGAGAUCAGCACUCAAAAACGCCUAGCUUGAUAUUUGAGUAUGUGAACAGUACAGAUUUCAAAGUUCUGUACCCCACAUUGACUGAUUAUGACAUACGUUACUACAUAUAUGAGCUUCUCAAGGCAUUAGAUUACUGCCAUUCACAAGGAAUAAUGCACAGAGAUGUCAAGCCUCAUAAUGUUAUGAUAGACCAUGAGUUGCGGAAACUUCGCUUGAUAGACUGGGGUCUCGCUGAGUUUUACCAUCCUGGCAAGGAAUAUAAUGUUCGUGUGGCUUCAAGAUACUUUAAGGGGCCCGAACUACUUGUUGAUUUGCAAGACUAUGACUAUUCUUUAGACAUGUGGAGCCUUGGCUGCAUGUUUGCUGGAAUGAUAUUCCGCAAGGAGCCAUUCUUUUAUGGUCAUGACAACCAUGAUCAACUUGUCAAAAUUGCAAAGGUACUUGGGACUGAUGAGUUAAAUGCGUAUCUGAAUAAGUAUCAUUUAGAGCUUGAUCCUCAACUUGAUGCACUUGUUGGGAGGCACAGCAGGAAGCCGUGGUCCAAAUUUAUUAAUGCAGAUAAUCAGCAUCUGGUUUCUCCUGAGGCGAUUGAUUUUCUUGAUAAGCUCCUACGGUAUGAUCAUCAGGACAGGCUAACUGCUAGGGAAGCCAUGGCACAUCCAUAUUUCUCACAGGUGAGGGCAGCAGAAAGUAGCAGGAUACGGACACAAUAGCCUGAUUGAAUGGAGUCUUGUGUAUAAACUAGAGUCCAUGUUAUUUGGAAUUUGUAUUAUAUAAACCCUUAAAACUUUUAUGGCCACCUCGCACGGGAUGUAGGCAGCCAAGUUUGGCUAUGAGCUCGUUACUAAAAUGAUUUAAGUCUCCUGUUUCGUUUGAAUAAAACAUAAUGUUUUGAAACUUCUA